ACACUUUCUUUUUGGCUGUCUCCCGUCUUCUCCAGUCUCCACACACAAAAAGCAAAAAGAAAAUCCAGCAAAUUUAAAACAAAAAAUAAAAAUAAAAAAUUACUUACCUUUAAAAGGGGAAAACUGAAGUUGCUCUCUCUCGCACAUAUACACAAUCAUCGUCAACCCCGGCGCCCGUAUUGGCGAAGUAGUGUACAACAGUAGAAUCACCAAUCUAUAUAGUUCGAGUGAUUUAUUCUCUCUGCCAUAAUUACACGGCAUUUGUACUGUAGUGAGUAACAGUUGAAGUAGCAGUAGGUAGAUCUGAAGUUGAAGAAGCUCUCGCGCUCAAUUCUCUUCGAAAGCUCCACCUACUCUCCCCACUCCUGCAUUUGGUCCAAUGGUUUGAGAGUCAGUGGAGGAUUUGAAGUUUAUUAUUCAGACAUUGUUUAGAAGAAAGAAAAAACUAAACAAGAAGUAAUAUUGGAGAAAUGGAUUUUUCCGUUUGAAUUCUGAUUGAGAGUGACAGACAUGGCAAAGUCAAGGUCACAUUUCCCAGCACAGGACGUGUUAUCAUCUGCACAGGCGGCAGUAAGGUCGAGAGAAUGGGAAGGCCCAACAAGGUGGACCGAAUACUUGGGUCCAGAUGUAGUAUCCAGGAAUAAUGGUGGAGCUGAAGAGGCAGCAACUCAGAACUCAAGCAGUUCAUCUCAGAAGGGUCUGAACAUGCAGUGGGUAUACCAGCUCACACAUGUAGCUGAAGGGCUAAUGGCGAAAAUGUAUAGACUGAAUCAGAUUUUGGAUUAUCCUGAUUUGGUUAAUCAUAUAUACUCUGAAACAUUUUGGAAAGCAGGCCUGUUCCCAAACCACCCCAAAAUUUGUAUUUUGCUUGAGAAGAAGUUUCCUGAACACCAUAGCAAAUUGCAGCUUGAACGGGUUGAUAAGCUUGCUUUGGAUGCUAUGAAUGAUAGCGCUGAGGUUCAUCUACAGAGCUUGGAGCCAUGGAUUCAGCUGCUACUUGACCUGAUGGCAUUCCGAGAACAAGCUCUGCGGCUCAUAUUGGAUCUAAGCAGUACAGUGAUUACCUUGCUGCCCCACCAAAACUCUCUCAUACUACACGCCUUUAUGGAUCUCUUUUGCUCAUUUGUUCGUGUCAAUCUAUUUUCUGAGAAGAUACCUAGAAAAAUGAUGCUGCAAACAUACAAUCUUUUGCACGGCAUGGCAAGGAAUGAUCGAGAUUGUGAUUUUUACCAUAGAUUAAUUCAAUUUGUAGAUUCCUAUGAUCCACCAUUGAAGGGGUUACAUGAAGAUCUUAAUUUCGUCAGUCCUCGGAUUGGAGAGGUUUUAGAGGCCGUGGGGCCCAUUAUCUUUUUGUCGACAGAUACAAGGAAGCUGCGAAACGAGGGUUUUCUAAGUCCAUUUCAUCCUAGAUAUCCUGACAUACUUACAAACUCUGCACAUCCAAUGAGAGCACAAGACCUCGCAAAUGUCACUUCUUAUCGUGAAUGGGUAUUGUUCGGAUAUUUGGUUUGUCCAGACGAGCUUCUUAGAGUCACAAGCAUUGACAUUGCUUUGGUUGUGCUGAAGGAAAACCUAGUCCUUACGUUAUUCAGGGAUGAAUAUAUAUUAUUGCACGAGGAUUAUCAGCUAUAUGUUUUACCUCGCAUCUUGGAAUCAAAAAAGAUGGCAAAGUCUGGACGAACCAAGCAAAAAGAAGCAGAUCUAGAGUAUAGUGUUGCAAAGCAGGUAGAGAAAAUGAUAAGCAGUGAAGUCCAUGAACAAGCACUGUACUCCUGUGAUGCUAUACACCAUGAGAGGAGGAUAUUACUGAAGCAGGAGAUUGGAAGGAUGGUUCUCUUCUUUACUGAUCAGCCAAGUUUAUUGGCUCCUAAUAUUCAGAUGUUGUUCUCUGCCUUAGCCUUUGCACAGAGUGAGGUACUAUGGUACUUUCAGCAUGUCGGAAUAGCAUCUUCUAAAUCAAAAACAGCUCGAGUUGUGCCAGUAGAAACUGAUCCAAAUGAUCCAACUAUUGGGUUUUUAUUGGACGGAAUGGACAGUCUUUGCUGUCUAGUGCGCAAGUAUAUUGCAGCCAUUAGAGGCUAUGCCUUAUCAUACCUAUCAUCCUGUGCUGGUAGAAUCCGCUUUCUGCUGGGUACUCCAGGAAUGGUAGCUCUUGACCUUGAUGCUACCUUGAAGGGACUUUUCCAAAGGAUUGUUCAGCAUCUAGAAAACAUACCAAAACCUCAGGGUGAAAAUAUCUCGGCAAUAACUUGUGAUUUAUCAGAAUUACGCAAGGAUUGGUUAUCCAUAUUGAUGAUUGUAACUUCCGCUCGGUCAUCCAUUAACAUUAGACAUCUGGAAAAAGCUACAGUAUCUACAGGCAAAGAAGGUUUGUUGUCAGAAGGAAAUGCUGCGUACAAUUGGUCCAGAUGUGUUGAUGAGCUUGAAACUCAGUUAUCAAAAUAUGGGAGUCUGAAGAAACUUUACUUUUAUCACCAACAUCUUACAACUGUCUUCCGAAACACCAUGUUUGGGCCCGAGGGUCGUCCGCAACAUUGUUGUGCCUGGCUUGGUGUUGCUAGCAGUUUUCCAGAAUGUGCCUCGCCAAUUGUCCCCGAAGAGGUGACUAAGAUUGGGCGCGAUGCAGUUCUAUAUGUUGAAUCUCUUAUCGAAUCUAUCAUGGGAGGACUGGAAGGUUUAAUAAAUAUUCUCGACUCAGAAGGAGGAUUUGGGUCGCUGGAGAUGCAGCUCCUCCCAGACCAAGCAGCGAAUCUCAUGAAUUUGACAUCCAGAUUAUCUCAUCCUUCAGCAAAAUCUCCGAAAGCUUCAUAUGGUUUUCAUUUGCCAGGCUACGAGAGCUAUCCAGAAAAUAACAAUUCUAUUAAAAUGUUAGAAGCUGCAAUGCAGAGGUUGACCAAUCUGUGUUCGGUCUUGAAUGACAUGGAGCCUAUAUGUGUUUUAAACCAUGUUUUUGUUCUUAGGGAGUACAUGAGAGAGUGCAUACUUGGGAACUUUAAAAGGAGACUGCUCACUGUGCUGAAAACUGAUUCUGAUCUUCAGAGACCUUCUGUCCUAGAAUUACUUAUUCGUAGACAUACUUCUAUAGUUCAUCUAGCAGAGCAACAUGUUAGCAUGGACCUCACCCAGGGUAUUCGUGAAAUCCUCCUUGCAGAGACCUACUCUGGUCCAGUUUCCUCUUUGCAGUUGUUUGAGAAACCUACAGAGCAGCUGACUGGGUCAGCUACUGAAGCUGUGUGCAACUGGUACAUUGAAAACAUUGUUAAGGAUGUGUCUGGUGCCGGCAUCCUCUUUGCUCCACUUCACCGAUGCUUCAAAAGCACGAGGCCUGUUGGUGGGUAUUUUGCUGAGUCGGUGACAGAUCUCAGGGAGUUGAAAGCUUUCGUUCGCACUUUCGGCAGCUAUGGAGUCGACAGGUUAGAUAGGAUGCUUAAAGAGCACACAGCGGCGCUCCUAAAUUGCAUUGACACUACCUUGCGGGCAAACCGUGAGAAUUUAGAGGCAGUUGCUGGAAGUAUGCAUUCUGGCGAUAGGAUGGAAACGGAAGCAAAUGUAAAACAGAUAGUUGAUAUGGAUACUAUGGUUAGGUUCUGUAUUCAGGCAGGGCAGGCCAUUGCUUUUGAUUCCCUUCUGGCAGAAGCUUCUGGUGUUGUUCUUGAAGAAGGUGCACCUCUUAUUUAUUCACUGCUAGCAGGUGUUGCUACACAUUUACCUGAUGAAGUACCUGAGAAGAAAGAGAUUAGGAGGAUGAGAAGAGUUGCAAACACUGUUAACAUAGUUGGUGAUCAUGAUUUUGAAUGGAUUAGAUCAAUACUGGAAGAGGUUGGGGGUGCAACUGAUGGUUCUUGGAGCUUGUUACCCUAUUUAUUUGCAACAUUUAUGACAUCUUCUAUCUGGAAUACUACUGCCUUUAAUGUUGAUACUGGAGGCUUCACCAACAAUGUUUAUUGUUUGGCCAGGUGCAUAUGUGCUGUGAUUGCGGGAAGCGAAUUUGUCAGACUUGAAAGAGAAUAUCAGCAGAAACAGUCUCUUUCAAAUGGCCACAUUACUGAAUCCUUGGAGCCUGAGACACAAAACUAUAUGUCAAUAGAGGCAAGCAUAAAAUCCACAAUGCAGCUUUUCAUCAAGUUCUCAGCUGGAAUUAUUCUGGAUUCUUGGAGUGAAAGCAAUCGGUCUCACCUUGUUGCAAAGCUGAUCUUUCUUGAUCAAGUCUGCGACAUCUCGCCAUAUGUACCUAGGAGCUCAUUGGACUCUCAUGUACCUUAUUCCAUUCUGCGUUCUGUCUAUAGCCAAUAUUAUUCAAAUUCUUCCACUCCCCUGGCAUUAUUGAGUGCUUCCCCACGCCAUUCUCCCGCCAUGUCACUGGCACAUGCUUCUCCGUCACUGAAGCAGCCACGUGGAGACGCAACUCCACAGUCAAAUGUGAAUGAUUCAGGUUAUUUUAAGGCUUCAUCAACUCAUGGCCAAGAUCAAUAUGAGACUGAAAAUUUCAGCAUAAGAAGCAUUGACAACAAACACCGGAAUGUAAGGCGGUCUGGGCCCUUGGACUACAGCUUAAGUCGAAAGUCAAAAUUUAUAGAAGGCUCAACAUCGGCCAGCACUGGUCCCAGCCCUUUGCCGAGAUUUGCAGUGUCGAGGUCGGGUCCUAUAUCAUACAAAUAACACAUGAAUACUAAAACUGUGAAGCAAAUCUUGUAUAUUCAGUAUUGUACCAGAUAGCAAUCGUAAUGUUUAUGUCAUCCACCCGUAAAAGUAGUAUGUAUUUCACUAAACGCAAUGUGAAUCAGGGUUUCACGGUGGCAUCAGCUCUUA